UGAGGGUGUAGGUGAAGGAAGAACUUGGUUCAAACAGGGCUGAUCUGAAGAGAUUGUUCAGUAGUUCUAAGCCCUACAUCGAAGAAGUAUUUAUACAUCCAUGGGGACCACAUAAUCUUUUUGCUCUAUGUCAACCUAUUUGACAUGAUGCUGUCAUAAAUUGCCACGCGAAAUCAAUGGACGGAAAAUACAAAUCCCGUUGGUAAAGAAAUUAAUCAGUAAUAUGUCCAGGAGGAACAAAAUUAGGGUAAUGAGGACAGAGUCGAAAUAACUACGAUCGACUCUAUCCAAAAUAAUAUAUUCCAAAUUAUUUCGUGCAUAUCUAAAUGGGAACAAAAGUAAACUAUCACAAUGUGUUUUGUCUUCACGUGCUGCGGUUGGAUAGUUGAUCUCGUCCAGAGGAUGUGGACCUUCACAAUGUCAUGCUUCAUCAGCUCAGCAGUCGGCUGCGUGAUGUUGACGUCUUCCAUGUCAGGCAUUGCUCUCGGAUACAAUUACUCAUUGGCUGAGUUUAUGGAGUUGAAAGACACGAACGUGUCGGUGUACCUGAAGCGAGGUGUGUUUGACGACGAGAUAGCUGACGACAUGGACUGGCGGCGCAGCGGACGCAAGCCCGUCGCCGGACACAUCGGCGAGAAUGAUCUGAGGACCGGAGCACCCGCGGAUGACGACGAUGCCAGCACUUUACGUUCUGGUCGAAGACUGGACGAUUCUAUAUUUGAAUCCGAUCAGAAUAGUUUUGAGGGUGCCCUGAUGAAGCUUACAGCUAAGCCGCCAUACCAGAGUACUGACCCACCACUGAUUACCGAAGAUAUGGAGAUGGUAGAAGCUGCUACAAGUCAUCCGUCAGGUUCUUUAGAUCAGAUGAAGGCAAUACAAAGCUUAAUUGACUCAAGAAGAGCAAUGGCUGCUUCAAUUGGAACAACUUUUUCCCCCAUGGCGACUUAUGCAGCACUGGAUAACAGGCUACCAUUUCUCCCAGUCAACAACAAUCCUAAUGAACCUGGAAAUCCUGAUGCCCAAUACAGACGCGUGAUGAAUCCAAUGCAUGCCGUGAAACCACCAAACGUUAACCCCGCGCGGUAUGCCGUGCCUGAUGCAAACAUAGCCAGCGGAUACAACUGGGUCAUUCCGAAGAAACCGAUGCUAUUUCCCAAGUCUGGACUGCCAGAUUUUUACAUAUUGUCACCGACAUACCCAUCAGCUAUUACAGUGCCACCGCGAUUAGUAAGGCCUGGUAAUCCUGUCACGAAAGUAGACGAGGAAGAGGAACUCAAGGCAGAAGGCCCUGUCAUGUUUGCUACAAGAACAGGACCGCCACCGAUGGCCAAAACAUCUCAAACAUCAAAGCCCGCCAUACUUGAAAAGAUAGAGAAAGAAUCAGAAACCUUUAAUGAGAGGUUUUUACUAGAGGGUGAUGAACCAGGCAAAAACGAUUUCGCAAAGUUGCCGAAUUUCGGGAAAUCAUCGGAAGAAGAAUACGAAGAUGAAAUAAAAGGUCUCCCAGUUCGUAAACGCAGAAGUGUGAAAGACAACUUUCAAAACGGUGACGAAACACUCUCUAGAGAAAUAAAUACUCCAUUUGAUAAUGCAAGUGAGAAAAGCAAUCGUACCAAGUAUUUCUCAAAGAACAUAUUUACAGCAACCGCUUGGAUAACUGAUAAUUUAAUUAAUAGCAAUAAUAACAGCCUUGCUAGGAACGAAAUCAAGAAUAUUGUUGAAGAUAAUGCAGAAAUCGAUAAUGACACAGCAACUGCCAGCAAUACUGACCAGCAUACUUAUAAUAAUGGACAACAUGUAAGUGCUGACUUUAAAAAAUUCCUCAGCCGUUUAAUCAAAAGUAUGGAAAACGAGAAAGACCCUGCUACAGAAACUACGCCUGAAGCUGAUUCGGUUACAGUUAAAAUGAAUGUGAAAAUAAGAAGGCUACCGUUUGAGAGUAGAAUAGUUUCCGGUAAUUAUGAACCAAAUAACGAACCGAUAAGGAUGAUUGAUUCAGAAGAAACGUUAAGUAACCAAGAAAUGUUAAAUAGCAUUAGUGUAAACUUAAAUGAAGCAGGAUUGUUGAGAGACUCAGCGUCGUCAACUUUCGUGAAGUUAUUGCAAUCUUCGCUAACUUGAAUGAAACCCAUGUAUUGUCUACUGUCUAUUUAAUUUUGUUUAUUGUAUUGUAGUGUUUUGUCAAAUGUAACAAUGUUUGGUCUAUUAUGUCUGGUCCGGUGUUAUUUAUUAUAGUGUGACAUAACUUC